UUCAAACAGUAGUGAAAGCCGGUUGUCGUGGUGGUUACAGCACGGCUGCAACGCAUUAUCAUUAUUGUUAUUAUUAUUACUAUUUAUUUUGGGUUGCUUUCUAAUUUAUAUUUUUUUUGCUGCCUUUGGAUUUUUGUACUUGAAUUUCCACUGGACUUUUUUUGUUUUGGUGGAGAUUAUAAAAAAGCGAAUCAAGGACGGCUCCUCCUCGCUUUGAUGAAAAGGGAUAUCUUGUGCAUUUGUUCCCGCAACGUGGACCCCUGAGCCCAGUCGCUUCACACGCGAGCAAGGAGAAAAGACCCCCCGACGUGCGGCUACUCGUGAUAUUUCUUGAACCGAAGACCCUGCUGGAAUUUAAGUAAUGCUGCUGUCCAAGUUGAACACCUUUGCUCACAUCUCCACCGUGGAUAUGCCGGCGAAAAUCCAGCUACAACAAGUGAAGGAACGAGAGCCGUUCGAGAAAGUGUACCAGGUCGGCUCAGUGUUGGGAAGCGGCGGUUUCGGGACUGUCUAUGCUGGUCUAAGGAUUGCUGACGGAGCGCCGGUUGCUAUCAAGCAUGUGGCGAAGGACCGGGUGUCCGAAUGGGGUGAACUGCCAAGUGGUUCCCGGGUGCCCAUGGAAGUUUUGCUGUUGAAAAAGGUGGGAACCGGUUUUCGGGGUGUCAUCAAGAUGUUGGACUGGUACGAACGGCCGGACAGUUUUAUUAUCGUCAUGGAGCGACCCGAGCACGUCAAGGACCUCUUUGACUUCAUCACCGAAAAGGGAGCCCUGCCCGAGGAGCUGGCGAGGAACUUUUUCCGGCAGGUUUUGGAAGCGGUCCGGCACUGCAACAACUGCGGCGUCGUGCACCGCGACAUCAAGGACGAGAAUAUCCUCAUCGACCUGCGGACCGGCGAGAUGAAGCUGAUCGAUUUCGGGUCGGGGGCGCUCCUGAAGGACACCGUCUACACCGAUUUCGACGGUACUCGAGUGUACAGUCCUCCAGAAUGGAUCAAGUACCACAGAUACCACGGCAGAUCAGCGACGGUGUGGUCGUUGGGGGUCUUGCUGUACGACAUGGUCUGUGGGGACAUUCCCUUUGAACAGGACGAAGAGAUCUUGAGGGCACAGGUGCUCUUCAGGAGGAGAAUCUCAGCAGAAUGUCAGCAGCUCAUCAAGCUGUGCCUGUCUCUGCGGCCCUCGGAGCGCCCGUCCUUUGAGGAUAUCAUCAACCACCCGUGGAUGCAGGGCGCCUCCGUGCCCGCGGACUCCACCGAGAUCAGACUGCACAGCCUGACCCACGAGCCCACGUCCUUCACUGCCAGCGAUUAACCAAUAAUCACAGUUUUGACAAAACAAAAGAGACUCUACUAUUUAGUAAUAGGCGGCAUAUUUAUAUAAUACUGUAGUCAAAGACGUGGCGGGGAGGAAGACGCUUGCCGGAACCGAGCAAGUUUGGACGGUGCUGGGGGAGGCCUUAGGAGCCGAGGGGAAACACCUGCCCGCCCCCUGCUCACCUGUACGGGAGGACCAUUCGCGAGAGAACCGACCACCCGCGCCUCUGUCGACACGGUGAGGAGGGGAGGCCACCCGGCCGCCCCCCUCCCUCGUUCCUCCUCAACCAGACUGAUCUUUUUUUGAGUCUAUGCACCGCAUAGCUGUUUACUACGGCUGCUUUCGGAUUCCAGAGCGCCGCGGCUGGCUCUGGGCGUCGAUCCUUACUGUACCACAAGGGCAUACAUCCGAUGAAGUUAAAACCACAAAGGACCAGGGACUGUUCCGGUAGUACUGUAACCCACCUGACCACCUACUAAUAGCCACAGCUACUACAGAACGAACAUGCACUUCAGCGCAGUGCGUGUGGGGGGGGGGAAGAUAGAGAAGCCUGACAUUGAAAACAAAUCAUUAAAGAGUGCCUUCUAUGCGAGUUCGAUCGUCAAGGACUGUGAAAAAUACUUGAAAUUGUUAUACCGCUUUGUUCCUUAACUGGACUUUUUUGCUUCCGUCUCUUGCUCAUUUGGCGGGCCCCCCGUUGUCUGGGUGUCUGCACCCCUCUGCACUCCCAUUAUCAAUCGCAACCGGGUGACCUCAUCAACCUCUGUGCAAACUCCAAGCUGACAAGACUGACCUCAGUUUACUCUCCUUUUCACAUUUCUAGCCUCAUCUGAUCGCCCUGAAGCCAUGGCACGCUGGGACAAAGUCAUAAAUGCACAAGCAAUGCAACCACAAUAACAAAAAACUACACUUUUUUUUUUGUUUGUAAAUUUCUGUAUAUAUGUACAUUUAUUUUGGCUUUCAAUUCCACUAUGGAGCAGUUGUAUAAAGUUUUUUUUAUUUAUUUGUGUGAUUUUUUUUUUUCCAACAGGAUUUGUGGGAUUAUUUAUUUAUUUAUGCAGAAGAUUGUCUUCUGCACACGUUUUCAUUCCACAAUGAAUUUGAAGGGCCCACAGAUUGUUUUUAAUAUUUUUUUUUACCAUAUUUAUGGUUUGAAAUGUAAAAUUCAGUUUGUUUUUGAACAAUUUGACUUUAUGUGCGCAUGUAAAUACCUUUCCGGGCACUGGUUUUCAAUGCAUGGUGUACUGAAUGUGUACUGAACAGGUAAAAGAGAAACAGUUCGGUUUUGUUUACCUAAUUAAUAUCUUUUUUAAAAAUGUCUGCCGUGCAUUUGUAUGGGUCGAAAGUAUCCCGAUGAGUUUUUUCUUUUUUUUUGUACAUAUUUGUCUUUACACUAGCAGUUGCAUGAAUGCAGCUUGGAUUUUUUUGUCCUUUGAAUUAGAAUUGUAAAUUAUACUAGAAUAAAAAUUAUUUUUAUACAAUUUCAAUAAAUAUUUUUUUUGGCCUUA